GUCAAAUUCAUGGAUGUGUGUUUCUGGUUCAAUAAAAAAGUAUGGACAUCAAAAAUAUUCGUUUUUGAGUCAAUAUUUCUCAGUCAUUUCCAAUCAAAUGAAACAAAUGUAACAAAAAUUCACUCAAUCAAAGCAGUUUUUGUCAAAACGUUCAGAAAUUUCACAGAAAUACGUAUUAUUUUGCUAUAUUUAAACGGCAAAAAUUUGACACAGCCCUACUCAAAGGCAAUUACAUCAGCAUUGCUGAGGGUAUGUGUGUGCGUGUGACCAAACAUGCACAGGGGCAUAUACAUUGAAAGGCGCGUAUUAAAAAAGUAAGAUGGCCGCUCGUUCAUGAAAAAUAGUUCGCACGAGAGAAAGUCAACAUACAUAACUUUUCUUAUGGUGUUCAAAAUUUUUUCAAAUCAGUCCUAAUCUAGAUUAAUUAAUUUUAUUCUAUAAAAUAGUUUAAAAAACGAUAAACAAAAACAACCAAUUACGAAUUGUGAUAAAACCAAAUGAAAAACAACAACAAAAAAUUAUAGAAAAACUUUACAACAAAUUAGUUUUUUUUUUCUUUCUGAACGUGUAACAAAAAAAAUAUUGAAAAGGCAUUGCUUUUUACAUUUUGACAGAUGUUGAAGGCUACAUACGACGGAAAAUACGAAAUUCAAUAAGGUGAAAAAUAUUUUGGUAGAGAAUUUUGUGCUGUUUAUUGAUUGAAACGAUUGAGAAGUAUUGUACUUUGGAAUUUGAGAGAGUGUGAUCGAAUUUUCCUUGGGGGGUACGCAAUAGUAAAUCGUAUCUUGUGUGGUGUAAAAAACAGUGAGAGACUUCAUUCACAUUCUAACAACACGAAGAAGUGCACAAUAAAAUCGAAUUACUGAUUUUAUUUUACAACCAAAUCCAAGUGAAUAAACCAAUUCGUAGGGAUUUUUCAAAGAGACAACAAUUCGUGACAUCUUCGAUAAGUGUUCAGAUUACAAUAUUGCGCAAAAAAAAACAAGCAAGCAAGCAAGCAACCUAAUUACAAACAGCAGAGACAAGAGAUUAUUUUGUGAUUUUAUGUGUGUUCAAUAGACAAAAAAUGCAGAUAAAUCAUCCUGAUGAAUUAAAAGCGUGGCUGACUGUCGUCUUAGACCCAUUAUGUGACGCCGAUCCGGCCGCUCUAGCUCGUUAUGUUUUGGCCUUACUGAAAAAGGAAAAACCACUCCAAGACCUACAGCAAUGCAUGAACGAACAGUUAGAUGUGUUUUUGGGUGCUCAAACGCGGCCAUUUUUAGUUCGUCUAUUUGAAAUGAUUGCCAGCGAAGAGUAUCUCAGAAUAAAUAAUCAACCUGCCAUAAACAACGACCCGUCAGCGGUAGCAUCAAAUUUAGCGCCAAUACAAUCGUUUCAAGAAACACAAUUAGCUGCAUCUUCGGCCGUCGUCGCUGCCGCAGCAGCUGUGGCUAAUGACACGGAUUUGACUGGUGUUGUGAAUUCACCGCGGCAAAAUGCUGGAAAAUCGUCUAGUGAAUAUCGGCAUACGAAAACAUCACCACGCUUAUCAAAUGAACAUAAUCCAGCUAAUAAUGAUAAUGACAUCGAUUUCGUGAAUACAUCGCCGCUCGGUUCGUCGUCAAUAUCAAAAUUGCGUGAUGUGAGUCCAAUAAGCCCCGCAAAACAUGGAAAUGAUAACGAACACCAUCGGAAAGAGCAACGACGUCGUUCGGCGCGUUCACGAAGCCGAUCGAGAUCACCACGCGGUGCAUUACGUCGCGGCGAACGCGAUAAUAAAUAUGGCUCACGACCGCAUUCAUAUCGAAAUAAAUCACCUUCGAACGAUCGUGGUGGCUCGAAUCCAUUUCGGAGAAAUUCAGGCCAUGAACCACGAUCACCCAAGUACUAUAAACGUUCUGACUCACCCGUUGAGGGUGAUGAUCUUAAGGGUACACGUUCGUUGUCACCGGCAGCCAAGAAAAAUGACCGAUGCAGAGAUUUUGAUGAAAAGGGUUAUUGCAUGCGUGGCGAAACAUGCCCAUGGGAUCAUGGAGUGAAUCCAGUCGUUUUGGAGGACAUUAACAAUCCAACAUUGAUGUCGAUUCAAGGACCGCAGAUACGAGGUUCGGCUGAGUACAAUCCGGAUGCACCCGAAAUUUGGACGCAGAGCGGCAGCUUUUUGAAUGGUCCAAAUCGUGUGGGUCCACCAAACAAUGCUCCAUUGAAUGCAUUUCAACGAAUGCCAGCCACUGGUGCUGCGUACCGAGUGGCACCACCGUUCCCAUUUCCGCCAAAUGCGGGAACGACGCCAUUGCAACGUGAACUAAUUUCGGUGCCAGUUGUCGAGGCCAAUUCGGGCGGUGAUAUUUCGGCGACCAGCCAAAAACGACGCUACGAACCAGAAGAUACGGUUGCUGUUGCUGAAGGACCGACCAAACGUAAACCAAUCAAUAGUCGGUUAGGUCCACCGAAUCGAGUCGGUUUGCAGAGUAAUUGUUCGCUGGAAUUGCGUAAAGUUCCACGAGGACUCAAUUCGAUCGCCCAUUUAAACAAUCAUUUUUGUAAAUUCGGAAAAAUUGUCAAUAUCCAAGUUUCAUAUGAAGGCGAUCCGGAGGCAGCUAUCGUUACCUUUUCAACGCAUGCUGAAGCUAAUGUUGCAUACCGUAGCACUGAGGCCGUUUUAAAUAAUCGGUUCAUCAAAGUCUUUUGGCAUACGCCCGGCUCGAAUGCAGGCACAAUCGACGGCAAUCAUAAUACAACGCCAAACGCUAAUGCCACCUCAAACACCAGUGGACCGACAAAAGAGGAAAAUUCAUCGAAUAACUUUGGACGCAAGGGCAAUCAAUAUAGCUUGAACAAUACUGUUCCGGCGAAUCCAACACCAGCUUCAACUGAAUUCACAAAAUCCGGGGCUAGUCUGACCACAACAAAUAAUAAUGCCUCAAAUGUAUCGAAUCCUGCAUUUUCGAAAACGAAUACCACUCCAACAACAAUACCACCCACAUCGGCCCUAACAACCAAUCGCAAUCGCAACAGUAGAAUAACACGUGCUCCAACCGAGGCCAUUCGAAAGAAGAAGGAAGAACAGGUCAAAGCAGCCGUUCAACUUGCACAUGGCCUGCACAAGCGAAAACAUGAAUUGUUGCAGGGCUAUUUGAAGCAGAUGCGCUCAUGCGUAGAAUUAGUCGAGCGAAUGGACAGCACUGAUCCACAGCGUACCGGCCUAUUGGCUACCAUCAAGAGCUUGCAAAAUAAUAUCGAUAAACUGAAUAAGGAAAUUGCAUCCGAUCAGGCACAAAUAACAGCACAAAUUCAACCAGUGCCAAACGUAGCCGCAGCAGUCGCAGUGCCACAUCCCUUCCGUAAAUCAAAAGAAUUGCAAAAGAAAGAACUGCUUGACAUUGAACUCGAGCUGAUUGCUCAGCAACAGGAUGGCAAUGAUACGACCGACAUUCAGAAGCGCUUAGAAGAGCUGCAGAAAACAUUGGGAACCGUACCGAAGCAACCGACAUUUCCACCCAAACACAAUGCACGGGUUCGUCCAGCACCGGGAUCGACCAGCUUUGAUCGUCGACCAACCACAAUUUUAGUCGCCGGUUUCAGUCCAGAUGAAUGCGAUGCUGUUUUGGGUCAUCUUAAGCAUUUUGGUGAAAUCACCAAAAAUGACAUUGACAAAACGACACCGUAUCUGAAGUUGACCUAUGCAACUCGAUUGAAUGCGGAGCAGGCAAUGCUGCGUGGACGUCAUUUUAAUGAGAAACAAUUACAAAUGUCCUGGUUCGUUCAAAAUGCUGAGCCACCAAAGAUUGCAUCCGAAGAGGAGCUGUUGGAAGAGAGCGUUACCGAUGACAAUAUGACGUCCGAAAUUCGUUUGGAGGAUGAGGAAGACGAUGAGGAAGCCGAAGAUCGUUCGUGGCGCCGUUAAACGUCGAUUGCUAAACUCAACUAUUACAAUAUAAUCUGAAAGAAUAAUAAGAAGUCGAAUGUUUCUACCCAACAGAGAAACAAACACAACACACACACUAAACGAUAAUAAAUCUAUUGAGAAAUUCAAAUAUAUUUAAAUAAGUUCAGCGCUUUUACAAUUUUACACGAUUUUGAUUUUGAAAGAAAAAAAACGAGAACAUCAACAACACAAGGGAAAUCAAUUUAGUUAUUUAGGAAAGAAAAACAAAACAUUUAUAAAUGCUAGUUAAGUGACUACAAAACAGUGAAAUUGUAAAUGUGUUGUGAACCGAAAUGGAAUAGAAAAAGAGAAGGGAUACGUAGGCAAAAAAAAGUGCGCGGUGAACCAACCCAUCCAACAACAUCACUGCUCCAGGAUAGAUUUAUAAAAUUUAGAGCAUCAGCAAAUGAAGCAAUGUUAUUGUGUGCGAUCCAUUGAUUACUAGGGAGGGGGCUAAACGGAUUGAAUUGUUGAAAUAUUUGGAUGACGAUAGAGUUGCCAUCGAAAGCAAAUAACCUAAGCUUCACACCUUCUUCUCUGAAAUCAAUUUUGGAUAUAGAAUUUGUUUUUUUUUUUUUCAUUUUUUUUUUCUUUUUGAUAGUUUUUAAUUUUAUUAUCAACACAAUUUUAUGCAUUAUUUUAUUAAAAACAAAAACCGAAACGAACAUAUUUUUUCUUAUGAAAAACAUCUAUUUUUCCUUAAGAGAGCAUUAAAUUUAAUUGAAUGUAAACAUGAGAGAAACAAUUGAAUCGAUUGGACGAUCGGACCAAUGAUUAAUUUCAAAAUCAUAUUCAGUUCGGUUAAAAAUUUAAACAAUUUUGUUGCCAAAUGAAUUUGAGCAUUAACUAACUAAGUGGUUAUAUAAAACAGAGAGAAGAAGAGAAAAAAAAUCGUAAAUUUUUUGGUGUUUUUAUACACACUUUUCUAGUAAACGUGCGCAAGCGAAAAACAAAUUUUUAAAAUCACAACAACUGCAAGGAAAAUGUUUUUUUUUGUAUGUUUAAGUAUAUUUUUGAGCGUUAGUUGUACAUGCCCGGCAAAAACAUGAACGAGAAUUUGGAAUAUCAA